AGCAAAACUUACAUGGAUGAAAGAUUGAUGUAACAAUAAGCUAACAUUGACAUGGGGUCUGUCUUGAGUUCUAAAAAGGAAACUAAUGGUUUUAAGUUGAUGAGAUUAAUUGUUGAUGUUGGUGGAGAAGCUUUAAGAAUAACAUUAAGGAAACAACUUUCAGGUACGGAUUUAUUUUAUAUUUUAAAUGACAAUAAAAAUUUUAAUAAGCUUUUGUUGCUAAAAGAUAAGCAAAUAAAGCAACAUCAAUGGGAUCUACUGUAUCCUCCUCCUCUAAUAUUACCAAAUGAAAAUAAGUUUGAUAUUACUUUACUUUGUAUUCUCCUGCGUAAUAUUUGUGGUUUAAAACCACCUCGUGAUCCAAUAUGGACGUCAGUAAAUGACCCCACUGACUAUUCAACUGAAGCAGAUAUUACUCGUAUUAGGUUAUUUCGUAAUGAUCGUUUUGCUCACUUACCUAACACUUCAGUAAGCUUUAAUGAAUUUGAAGAUUUUUGGGUAAAAAUAAGCGAACCAUUACUUCGUUUAGGAAUAAGUAAGGAGGAAAUAGAUAGAAUAACGAGUGAGUUGUAUGGUAAUGAGGACUAUGAAAGGAUUUUGAGAGAAUGGGAUGAAUUAAAGAAUGAUUUAGAAGUUUUAAAAUCAGAUCACAAAGAAAUUAAGAAUACCCUAAAGGAUGUCGGUGUGAAUGUUGUGAAAGUGAUAGAUAAAUCAGAAUUAGUAGGAGAUGAUAUUAAAGGAAUCAAAGCAAGUGGACAUGGACUUACUUCGGUUUCAGAAGAAGAUGUUUUAACAAAAAACCUUGUUAGCUGUACUUUUAAAAGUGAAAUUAAGCAUCAUUAUGAAAAAUACUUGAAUGGAACACGUGAAUGGGUUUUUAAAGAGUUUUUAGAUUGGUUUGAAGACGAUACUUCUCAAAAUCGUGCAUUUGUUAUUUCUGCUGUUGCUGGUAUGGGUAAGUCGGUAAUUUCAGCUACUUUAUGUAAACGUUUUCCUCAUUACUUGACUGCAGUUCAUUUCUUUCAACAUAACAACAGUCGUUACAAUAAAGCCAAUGUACUUCUUCAAUCUUUAGCGUUGCAAGUUAGUCGUAAUUUUCCAGCUUACAAACAACUUCUUGUGAAAAAACUUUCAGGUCAACUCUCACAGACUUUGAAUGACAUGAAUGUGGAAGGAUUAUUCUCCCUUCUUUUUUCUGAGUUGUUUUGUAAUAUCUCAGAAUUUCCCAAGCGAAUGUUAGUUGUGCUUGAUGCUCUUGAUGAAUGUGGUUAUCCAGAAAGAGAUGACCUUGCUUAUUUGCUUGCUAAUCACUUACACAAACUUCCGCCUUGUUUUCGCUUUGUAAUUACAACCAGACCUAACGAAGAUGCUUUAAAUAAGUUCGAAAAAUUAAAUCCACUGUUCAUUAAUUGUAGCGAUGAUCGCAAUUUAGAGGAUAUUAAAUUAUUGAUUGAAGAAAGAAUUGGCUCUACUGACAGCCUUUCUGAUGUUAAAAACAGUUUGACAGAAAAAGCUGACGGACUUAUGUUGCUUGCAUCACUUCUUUGCAGCGAAGUCAAAAAUCAGGAUUUGUUGAAAAGUUCCAUACCGAAAGAUCUCAGUGAAUAUUACAAAAUUUCCUUAACAAGAUUAAGUAAGGAAUUAGAUAUCAGUAACGAAAAGUUUCAGUCAAUUUUAAAUACUUUGGCUGUUGCUAAAGAACCUCUUCAUUGGGACAUGAUCGAUGACGUUCUUUGUUUGAAUUCGAAUCGCAUAUCACUUCCGGUUCGAGAGAUUAUCUCUUGUCUGUUUGUUAGCAAUGACGAAGGAUGUGUUUCGUUUUUUCACAAAUCUUUAAAUGAUUGGUUGUUGGAUGAUCGAAAACAUAUUUACUCAGUAAAAACUCUUUGUGGUCAUCAACUUGUUUUAGAAUUUUGUUUAAAAUCUUUGGAUAAACUCAAAUCUGGAGGUGUAAACUAUGAAAUCAUCAAACAUGCAUCAGUUAGGUAUUCAGUCAAGUAUUGGUUGCAUCAUUUACUCGCUAUUUCUGAUUAUGAUUAUAUCGUUAAAAAUAUUGGUAAAUAUCUUGUUGACUUGGAAGUUUUAGUUGCUUCUGUGUUGGUUGAUGGUAGUCGGACUGUUGAAAAUUUUUCCUUAUUCAACGCACAUGAUGCGUAUUUUCUUAUUUCUGAGGACAUUCGAUUGUUAUUUAAUGAAGUUUAUUCUGUAAUGACGUACUCUGUGCUUUUUGAAAAUGAAGUAAUUUUUUUGCAAAACGUUGCCAACGAAGUCAAGGAUCUGUCGUCUCAAGCCACCACAAUGCUUCAAACACGUUUCAAAGAUUCACCAUAUCUAGAGUACAGAGACACGGGUUUUGUAAAGGCUCGGUUAUUACGUUUACAUCGUGAUUUGAUUUCUGUUGAUGUUUCACGAAAUCAUGAUUACGUCGUCUGUGGCUAUUAUGAAUUUGUCGUGCAACUUUUUUCAUUAAGAACAAACAGAUGUUUAUGGAUAAAAAAUAUUGCUGGUCAGUUUAAGCAAUAUGAAGAGGGAGUCUUUAGCGUUGUCUUUCAUCCAUUCGAAGAUUUGAUUUUUGCUUCCCAGCUUGAUAAGGUACUAGAUAUUGAUUGUAAAAUUUCCUCCAGCCCGUUCCAUUGUGAUGAUUCUACUUCUAAGUUCUUUACCAACAAAUGUUUUUCCAAAAAUAAGUACACAAUGGUCACUAGUUACCAAGAUACUUUGACAGUAUGGGACGUUGAGAAAGGUGAGAAGAAACGCAGUAUUAGAUGUAAUAAUGUGGUGAACUCACUGUGUUUUUCCAAUUCUAGAAGAUAUUUGUGUGUUAUUGAGGAAAAAAGAGAGGUUCAAAUAUUUGAUGUAGCGAAUAAUUAUGAAACAUUCGUUUACGACGAUCAUUUACCGUCUGAAGAAUUAAGUAAGUAUGGUGUUUUGUUAACUGUUGGUCUUCAUUCUUGGUGUUGUUGCUUUCGUUUUUAUACGAAUAAACGUUUCAUUGUAAAUCUCACUGGUGAAAAACUUCCUCACUUUAAUCGUGAUUCCCUUACUUCCUAUACUCCCAUUCCUCUUGAUCCUUUCGAUGACAACGGAUCUAGCUUUUCCUUUUAUGGAGCAGGAAAUUAUUAUUUUGUUUUGUAUAACGACAAUGUUCUUUGGUUUAAAUACGGACUUGACUUUCAUCUUUAUUCAAUACCGCGUGCAUGUUUAACUGACAGUUACAAUUUUCAUAACAAGAAAUUUUGCUCAAAUGGAAAAUUUCUGCAUCGGAGCAAUCAAGAAAGAUCAAGGGUAAUUAUAUACCGUCUCAACACGUUUGACUUUGUUGUCAAGGAAUGUUUUUUUAGUGACAUGGUUGCUGUAGAAAAUGGAGUUAUUUUGCUUACGGCAAAAAAUAUUCCUGAGCUUUGGAAUAAUGAUUUGACAAAACUUGUUUAUAGUUUUGAUGAACUAAAAGGUAGAAACAAAAUUUUUGAGGUGAGUGAUGUACUAUUUGCUUGUCAAAAAACUGAUUCUUUUGUAUUUUUCAAUGUUGAAAACAAGCGUAAAGAAAUAUCAGUGAAUUUUGAAAAUUAUCGAAAUGUGCACGUAUUUGCAUGUAGCUCUAAGUAUCACGUGUUUGCAAAAGUUGAAUUUAAGGGUCAGAAAAUUUACUGUAUGUGGCAUGAAGACAAGCUUGUUAAUGGUUGGGAUGACGUAAUUAAAGAGGAAAGCGCCAAUUUAAUAGCCGACAAAUUCUUUGGAGAGUACCUGGGUGAUAUGACUCGCUGUAUAACUUACGCUGCUUUUUCACCUUCAGCAGAUAAGUUAGCAAUAAGUUACAAGCGUAGCUAUGUGAAAGUAUUUGACGUUAAAAACAUACAAAUUAUUUAUAGUUGUACUCUAGAGUUUUCUAUUGAUCCAAAGUUUUUCUUUGUUGAUGAUAGGUAUAUAAUUAGUGAUCGAUUAAAUUUGAUUGAUUUGAAAUAUUUUAAGAUUGUAGAAUUAUUUCUCCCACGUUUGAGCAUACGUCCAAGAACUUUAUAUUACUGUCGUAAACGCAAACUUGCUUUGAUUUUUUCUUCCAUAAAGAUCCCGCAACAAUGCGUAAAAAUCAUCUUCUCACAAGGAUAAAUUUGGUCUUUGAUGAUAAAAUUUCUCACAAAUUUGGAUAAUGACUAUAGUAUCUUUAAAAAAAUCUUGCUCAGUUUUUAUGCAUGAUCCCUAUCAUUGUUGACAAUUCAAUUAAUGUCUGUUUGCGUAUGAUUUCAUGAAACGACCUUUGUCUAAUUUUGAUUGUUCUGUACAGAGACCGCAGUGUACGAUAAUGUCAACAUUGAGAGAGAUCAUGUAUAAAAGCUGAAGUUAAUCAAUUAAAGAUGAAAAUUCAAUGACAAUAAAGACAAACCAUAAACACAAAUGAUUUCGUGUCUAAGAUAAUAAUUUUCCUUGCACAAGGAAAUAAUUUUAUUGACCUUUAUCUUAUCACACAAACAUAUAAAAUGCAAACUAUUGUUAGUUAUUGUACCACAGGUUAUAUUUGUUUAUAUCCACACCAUGUAAACAUAUAAUUUUCAUGCAAAUGUAUUCAGUUUUUCGAUACUCUUACACCAAAAACAAGUUGCUACUAAUUAAAUAAAUACUAUCUUGCACUGAAA